GCCAACGGGAUGCGCAUAAUUCACGUGAGCAAGGCGAGAUAUCGCUCCCUGCGCCAACAGCAACAGCAACAAAAACAACACCAACAUCACCAACAGCACCAACAUCACCCACAGUCACAGUCACGACAGCAACAAUGCGCUGUGACAUGCCUGGGAGCGUUGCUGCUAUUAACAAUGCCAUAUGCUCUGGCCUGGACGCCAGUGGCAGCCGCCAUGGAAUCCUCAGCCGAGCUGCAAGCCAUGGGCAUGGAGCAGGAGUACGUCCGACUACAACAAUAUCAAUUACAACAAGAACAACAGCAGCAGCAGCAGCAGCAUCAAGCAGAAACUUCAUUACAUGAUAAAGCGACGAGUGUGGCAAUUAAGUUAAUGCCGUUAAGCCAGCAACUAUCGCCGUCAGGUGUUGAUGAUGCCACCAAAGGUUCAAUUAGCCAAGUUGCCCAAAGUGAAACAUAUCGCAGCCGUCCAGGACAACAGCAAACAGCGCUGGGCGCUUUGCUGGACAAUCAAAGUGUUGAUGCAAAGCAGCCACGACACCAACAGCAACAGCAACAACAAGCACUUAGCCAACAAGAGGCUGAACAAGCUGGGCAACAACAACAACAACACUUAGCCUUGGCACAGGUGCCAGCAAAUUGGAAAUACAAACGGACGAAAGUCAAGCGACGUCAGCGACUGCACACGCACAGCAAUCUGCCGAGCAUCAAUAUGUCCAACUCCUCCACCGCCUACUUCUCCGCCUUCUCCACGUCGACGGCGGCGCUGCUCAGCAAUCUGAGCAGCUGGCAACAACAGCAACGCUAUCUAAAAGUUAACCAAGUGUUCGAGAGCGAACGCCGCAUGUCACGCGCCGAGAUCCAACAAAAUCACGGCAAAAUCGUGCUGCUCGGCCUAUUCGAGCUAUCCACCAAGCGCGGCCCAAGGCCGGACGGACUCAGCGAGCUGGGCGCCGCCACCAUGGCCGUGGAACAUAUCAACCGCAAGCAGCUGCUGCCCGGUUACACGCUCGAGCUGGUCACCAACGACACGCAGUGCGAUCCUGGGGUCGGUGUUGAUCGUUUCUUCCACGCCAUCUACACCCAACCCUCCACACGCAUGGUCAUGUUGUUGGGCUCGGCCUGCUCAGAGGUCACCGAAAGUCUGGCGAAAGUGGUGCCCUACUGGAAUAUCGUGCAGGUCUCCUUUGGCUCCACAUCUCCGGCUCUGAGCGAUAGACGAGAGUUCCCCUAUUUCUAUCGCACCGUGGCCCCAGAUUCAUCGCACAAUCCGGCUCGGAUUGCUUUCAUACGUCGCUUUGGCUGGGACACCGUCACCACAUUCUCACAGAACGAAGAGGUUCAUUCGCUGGCGGUCAAUAAUCUGGUGACCGAGCUGGAGGCCGCCAAUAUAUCAUGUGCGGCGACAAUCACAUUUGCAGCCACAGAUUUUAAGGAGCAGUUGCUGCUCCUACGCGAAACCGACACACGCAUCAUUAUCGGCAGCUUCUCACAGGAAUUAGCGCCGCAAAUCCUCUGCGAGGCGUAUCGCCUCCACAUGUUUGGGGCGGACUAUGCCUGGAUAUUGCACGAGAGCAUGGGCGCUCCUUGGUGGAAUAGCGCUCAGACCCCCUGCACCGGCCUCGAGCUACAGCAGGCCGUCGAGAACCUCAUUGUCGUCUCCACCCACAACAGUAUUGUGGGCAACAAUGUCAGCUACAGCGGGCUGAACAAUCACAUGUUCAACUCACAACUGCGCAAACAGUUUGCACAAUUCGAAAGCUGGAACGUUGGCAGCGACCGCAGCCGCAACGCUGGAGGCGGCAGCGGCACCCAAAAUGCAGGCAACCGCAGCUCAAAAACAAUCAGGCGCAGCUCUAUGCCACAAACGGAUUUGGGCAAGCGCAGGCGUAGGCGUGGCACCACACGCCUCAACCCGGACGCCAUCUCCCGCUACGCCCCCCAGACCUACGAUGCGGUGUGGGCCAUCGCGUUGGCUCUGCGCGCUGCCGAGGAGCAAUGGAGACGCGAUGCCAAACAAUCCAAGCUAGAUGGCUUCGAUUACACGCGCAGCGACAUGGCCUGGGAAUUUCUACAACAACUGAGCAAAUUGCACUUCCUUGGUGUUUCGGGACCCGUGUCCUUUAGCGGUCCCGAUCGCGUGGGCAUCACCGCAUUCUAUCAAAUACAGCGCGGAAUGCUGGAACCCAUCGCUCUCUACUAUCCAGCCACCGAUGCUCUGGACUUCCGUUGUCCGCGCUGCCGUCCCGUCAAGUGGCACAGCGGCCAGGUGCCCAUUGCCAAGCGCGUGUUCAAGCUGCGAGUAGCCACCAUAGCGCCCUUGGCGUUCUACACCAUUGCCACGCUAUCCAGUGUGGGUGUUGCGCUGGCCAUUGCAUUUCUGGCCUUCAAUCUGCACUUUCGCAAGCUCAAAGCAAUUAAACUUUCAAGCCCGAAACUCAGCAACAUCACCGCAGUGGGCUGCAUCUUCGUCUAUGCCGCCGUCAUCUUGCUAGGCCUGGACUACUCGACGCUGCCCUCGGCCGCGAGCUCCUUUGCCACAGUUUGCACGGCACGUGUGUAUUUGCUGUCGGCCGGCUUCUCGUUGGCCUUUGGCUCCAUGUUCGCCAAGACGUAUCGUGUGCAUCGCAUCUUCACACGCACCGGCAGCGUGUUCAAGGAUAAAAUGCUGCAGGACAUACAGUUAAUUUUGCUCGUGUGUGGCCUGUUGCUUGUCGAUGCGCUCGUCGUCACACUGUGGGUCGUCAGCGACCCAAUGGAAAGGCAUUUACAUAAUUUGACACUUGAAAUCAGCGCCAUUGAUCGAAGCGUUGUCUAUCAGCCCCAGGUCGAAGUUUGUCGCUCACAGCACACACAAAGUUGGUUGGGCGUGUUGUACGCCUACAAGGGCCUGUUGUUGGUUGUGGGCGUUUAUAUGGCCUGGGAGACACGUCAUGUGAAAAUACCAGCACUCAACGAUUCCCAAUACAUUGGCGUCUCCGUCUAUAGUGUGGUGAUAACCAGCGCCAUUGUCGUCGUUCUUGCCAAUUUGAUAUCGGAGCGAGUAACCCUCGCCUUUAUUACGAUAACAGCAUUGAUACUCGCCUCGACGACAGCAACCUUGUGCCUCCUCUUCAUACCCAAGCUGCAUGAUAUUUGGGCACGCAACGACAUUAUAGAUCCGGUCAUUCACAGCAUGGGCCUCAAAAUGGAGUGCAAUACACGUCGUUUCGUGAUCGAUGAUCGUCGUGAGCUGCAGUAUCGCGUUGAGGUGCAAAAUCGCGUCUAUAAGAAGGAGAUACAGGCAUUGGAUGCCGAAAUCCGCAAGUUGGAGCGCAUGCUGGAGUCGGGCACUGCCUCCACGACCACUUCGUCCUCCACCUCGCUGCUGGGUCAUCUCAAGCCAGAGGUAACAGUAACCAGUGGCGCCUCUCUACAGCUGCCAGCAACACAGACUCUGCCACAGCCCCCACCACACCCCAGCAAAUCGCGCACCCCAAGCAUUUCGGGCAUACUGCCGAACUUGUUGCUCUCCGUGCUGCCGCCAGUUAUACCUCGAGCCAGUUGGCCAUCGGCAGAGUAUAUGCAAAUACCGAUGCGACGCUCAGUCACCUUUGCCUCACAGCCGCAGCUCGAGGAAGCCUGUCUGCCCACACAGGAUUUGAUUAAUUUGCGUCUGGCACAUCAGCAGGCCACCGAGGCGAAGACAGGACUCAUUAAUCGACUGCGCGGCAUUUUCUCGCGCACCACUUCCAGCAACAAGGGCUCCACGGCCAGUCUCGCAGAUCAGAAGGGCCUCAAGGCGGCCUUCAAAUCCCACAUGGGUCUCUUCACGCGUCUCAUUCCCUCCUCGCAGACGGCCUCCUGCAAUGCCAUUUACAACACACAGCUAGAUGGCAACAAUGCCAUCAGCAAUGGCAAUGGCACGGCAGCUGCCACAGCCACGGCCCACUUGAAGCCCAUGCAUCGCGGCUCCCUGACCAAAAGUGGCACCCAUCUGGAUCUGUUGACCAAAGAUCCAAACUUUUUACCCAUACCCACCAUAUCCGGCUGCGAGCGAUUCGACGAAACGGGCGGUAAGUACGUGAAGCUGCCCGAGACUAAGGUAAACUUUCAGCUGCCAAGCAAUCGACGACCAUCGGUGGUGCAACCCAUGGCCCCGCCAAGCUUGAGAGAGCGUGUACGGGGCUCGCCACGCUUUCCACACCGCAUCCUACCGCCCACCUGCAGCCUCAGUGCGCUGGCCGAGUCCGAAACGGAUCGUGGCGCCCAGACAAGCAGUGAGGUGGGCAGCUGCAAGUCCAUUCCACGCAUCUCACUGCAACAUGCCACCAGCGGGGGCAACUGGAAGUCCAUGGAGACGGCGGCUAAGUCGCGUCUAUCGCUCGGCGAUUCACAAGAGGAGCAAUUGAAUCAGACGGCCCAGGUCUGUGAGGCACCAUCUAAUGGUCUGGACUAGCUCUUCUCACGAUUGAAACAACAACUAUUAUACAUACUAUAUAGAUUCAUGUAGCAGCCGCGUCCAAUCCCCCUUGUCUCCUUGUCAAUUAGAACGUGAACACCAAGCAAUUAUUUUUGAACGGACAGCUGCGUUCAAGGCGCGCCUGCAACUGACCAAUCGGCUUAAAGCAAUCAAAGCAUUAGCAUAUGUAACUAGUUAAGUUAUCCAAGCCAAAAAGUAGCUAGUCAUCUAACUCACAUACCAGUCGGUAAAUCUUUAAUAUAUUUCAGCUCAAAAGGUAUUAAACUCCUACAACUUAUCAGUUUUUUAACUGAAACCAAAACUACAAAAUUAAUUUGGUUUGUCAGCCAAUUUUCAAUAUUUUGUUUAUCUUUGAUACUAUACGAUCAGUAUAUAUAUCUAUAUUUUUUAUUCAAUAUUAUAAUAUUGGAUAUA